GUCGGUGCCACCUCAACUCACAUCCAGCUGUAACCACCACUACCACCACCACCGCACGAUCUAAAACACCAUUUUGAUAACAUUUCCCUCACUUUACGACAUUCAAAAUUUUCAAAUCAUUUCAAAAAGUUUCCGCUUUUCUCUGAAAGUUUUAAGCCCUCAGUUUCAAAAAAUGGAGAUGGAUUAUGAGAGAUCUGAGAUGAUGAAGGAAGAGUGCACGACGCCUAGAUGUCGGAUUCCAGUGUCGUCUGUUUGUCCACCGCCACCGAGGAAGAAAUCUGGGAUCGGAAAGAAGCGAGACCCACCGAAGAACGGGUAUUUUCAACCUCCUGAUCUUGAUGCUCUGCUCUCUAUGCCGCUUCGACGACGGGAAGCAUGUGCUUAACCUUUAUGAAUCUGAUUCUGUUUUAGUUCUAUUUUUCAAGAAAUUUAGGAUGUUUUUAUGGUUUAUAUUUCUAGAAAUUGGAUAUUAAUAUAUUUGGUAGAUCUAAUUCUUUUUGUUGUAAAAGAAACAAGAAUUAAUGCUAAUAAUAGCAUAAUCUUCUUUAAUCAAAGUGAUUAAUUAGCAGA